GCUAUGUACAUAUGUGAGGAUGCCCAACAAUUCUACUUCCAAGGAGGCUAUCACACUGGCAACACACACUGAACCCCCAUUGCAAUCGGAAAUUCCGAGCAAAUGCUAAAGCAAAACACAUGUAUUUCAAUGAGUUCAGCAAUCAAGUGGCGUUCAGAUGGCUUGCAAAUGAUAAUCCGUAAUCGAGCAUUAUGGCCCACUCGGGCGACUAUAAACGGCCAAUCGGGGCAGAUUAAUCCACUGAAGAGUGCCAUAAAUCCACAUCCAGGUGGGAACGUUUCGUCAGUGGCAGAAAGAGUGGAAUAUACUCAAGAUGCAAAUAAGUUCGGCUCUGGUUGGUCUCCUAUUCGUCGUUCUCCAGGUGAGAGGUCUCCUCUGCCUGGAUCUGGCUCGUGGCGCACUGAUGGGGCGCAUCAGCGGCGGAGAGGAGGCCCGCGAGAAUCAGUUUCCCUAUCAAGUGGGUCUAUCUAUAGAGGAGGCCAACGACUUGUUUAGUUGGUGCGGUGGUAGCUUGAUAUCGGAUCAAUAUCUACUGACGGCAGCGCACUGUGUGGAGGAGUAA